AUGAAGACGUGGGAGUCUCCCGACAACUUGACUUGUACAAAGUGGUACUCUUUCACUUCGAACCCAGCAUCAGCUGCCGCCUCCGACUUCGCCGCCACUAUUGAAGUUUUCAUGUAUAUUGACCCAACGAAUUCAGUAGUCCGAAACGUACCCAUGAAAUCCCAGCUCAAAGUACUCGAUAUCUUCAGCCAUUGUCAUCAGGUCCUCCACCGGCUCUCCACCGUCUUUUUCUUCGGUUCACUAGCAGACUUAUUCGUUCCUAAAAGAGGCUUCAACCUGCAGAUGUAA